AUGACUAUGUCUCGAAACGAAGACGUUUGCGCAAAAUGCGCAUCAGGUCGCGUGGUCGUUAAAAAUUUGCCGUCAUCCUCAUCAUCAUCAUCACCGUGCGUUGUAGUGAUUGUCAGUCCGUCGUGGGUGUCCCGACUAGCGAUUUGCACGAUAAUUUGCGUGCUAAUCAAUUGCUUGGUGGACUGUGCCGAUGGGAAGAACUUGAGCAGUGCUCAGGCCAAGGCUAUCCUGAAAGCUCUGACCACCAGGAGAAGCGAUAGGCAGCCAGCUGCGAGAAAAUUGCCCGGAGCCGGGGACACGUUUUUCAAAGAGGUUUGCGGUCGACAGUAUUUCCCGUCCAGUCGGAUCGUCGGCGGCAACAGGGCCGAAUACGGAGAGUGGCCGUGGCAGGUGUCCCUGAGACAAUGGAGAACAGCAGCAUUUCUGCACAAGUGUGGAGCAGCAUUGCUGAAUGAGAACUGGGCAAUAACUGCAGCCCAUUGCGUCGAGAAUGUUCCACCAGAAGACAUUAUGUUGCGACUCGGGGAGUAUGACUUGGCAUCAGAGAAGGAGCCCUACGGCUACGUGGAACGAAGAGUGCAAAUCAUCGCUUCUCACCCAAACUUCGACCCUCGCACUUUCGAGUACGAUUUGGCACUACUGAGGUUCUAUGAACCCGUGCAAUUUCAGCCAAAUAUAAUCCCGAUUUGUUUGCCGGAAGACGACAAGAACUUCCUGGGAAGCUCGGGAUUCGUCACGGGCUGGGGUCGUCUCUAUGAAGAUGGACCUUUGCCGUCAGUGAUGCAAGAAGUGAUGGUGCCAGUGGUGAACAAUUCCGACUGUGAAGUCAUGUACCGGCGUGCCGGCUACAACGAACACAUUCCCAACAUUUUCCUGUGUGCGGGUUAUGCCCAAGGUGGUUUGGACUCCUGCGAGGGUGAUUCGGGAGGACCUCUAGUGAUCCAGCGAGAAGACUCAAGGUGGCUUCUAGCUGGGAUCAUCUCCUGGGGCAUCGGUUGUGCAGAGCCGAACCAACCCGGGGUCUACACCAGGAUAUCCCAAUUCCGUAACUGGAUCAACCAAAUCAUCGUGUUCUGAUCUUCGCACUCAUCUGCCCCCGAGCAAAGAUUAUUACUAUUUUUUUGUUUGUUCAUUUGUUCAAUUCCAUUUGCUGCUGCUGCUGCUGGCAAUCCGCCGUCGGGUUUUGUUGGUGCUAGGGCGUUUGUUGUUGCUGCCACUCAUCACUGCUGCAAGAAGAAAAAAAAAGGGGCAGGAAAGCCGUUGUUGUUGCUGUUGUUUCAUCAUAAAGACCGACGAGGCAACGAAAGACAAAAAUACGGGGGAAAGACAAAUUAUUUAGCGAAUUAUCCCUUCUUUUUUUUUUGUGUGUGCCUUCAACGCCUCACCGCGAUCUCCUCAAAUUCGCGCGAAAAAAAGAAGAGAUUUUUGAGUGUAGGGAACGAGAAGGAAAUUCGUCGUCGUUGCUUGAAAAUGGUUGGACAAAAAUUCCUCACUUUGAAUUUCUGUAUACUUUCGAUAAAAUUUAGGACACGUUUUAUAAAUCUUUGAGAAUCUGUUUUAUUUUUCAAAGGCGCAAACA